AUGAACCGCUUAGCGCCACUAACGCCGUGACCGCACCUGGCCAGCACACGCAACCCUCCUACGCUGACGCCUUGCCGAGUGCAUUCCAUUGCCCGGCCGAAGGUUUGUAUGCCGACGAUUAUGACUGUCGUAUCUACUACCGUUGCGAAGCGAAAACAAAUGACUACAUCAAAGCUUAUGCAUUUGCCUGCAAAUCUGGCACCGUAUUCUCGCGCAACCUGCGCCUCUGCAUGCCACCCCAGCUGUCCGGACGCGAGGAAUGCAGCGAUUACAUGAACGAAAUUGAUACGGACAAUGGCGAUAAUGGUGUUGAUGGCCAACAACUGCCGCUACUGACAUAUGGCGGUGCUAAUAACGGUAAUGGCAUAUACGCGACCGCAAGCGAUACGGAUGCGAAUGCCGACACCGAUGCUGCUUCAUUCGCUGCCGCUGCGGCUGCCGCUGAAACUGCAACGCGUGGUCAAUUGCAAAAUUAUGGGCUGUCAGGUUUGGGUGGCGUUUCCGUUAUUUCCUUUUCCACAUCAGCGGCGCGUGCGGUGGGCGGCAGUGCCAUCGACGAACAGGGACCACCUUGUGAAGAUGACGGAUUUAUGAGCGAUCCAGACGAUUGCACAAUCUUCUAUCGUUGCAUUUCGAAUGGUCGGACUUUCAAUAAAAUCGGUUUUCGUUGCUCGGACGGCACUGCGUGGGAUGCGGCAUUGGAAUCGUGUAACCACAUACACAACGUACGUGCCAGUGGUGGCUGUAAAGAAAAGUCUGAUAAUUUAGUAUUGGCUGACUAUGACGCGGCUACAACUCAAUCAACGCAAACCAACAAUCAGAAUACAACCACAUCGAGCAGCAGUAGCCAGCAGAGUUCGACUAGCUCAUCCUCAAAUACGUCCUCAUCAUCAUCAUCAUCUUCAUCCUCGUCAAAUACUACGAGCUCAAGCGCGUCGAAUACUAGUGGUGCAGGUGGCAAUCAGCAGCAAACAAGCACUCAAUCAAGCAGCACUGAGAGCAAUUCGUCCAACCAGCAAUCGACUUCGAGCACAAGUUCAAAUCAGGGCGCCAGUAGUAAUCAAUCAAGCGGUAUCAAUCAAUCAAAUUCCAACAAUCAAUCGCAUUCAAGCAAUCAGUCUGGCAGCAAUAGCUCCAAUAAUCAAUCUAGUUCAAACACUCAGUCUAGUUCAAGCAAUCAAUCGGGAUCCAGUAGCCAAUCAGGAUCAAACAAUCAAUCUAGUAACACGGGGCAAUCAACAACAAGUAACCAGUCUAAUACAAAUAAUCAAUCUAAUUCUGGCAGCCAGUCAGGCGCAAAUAAUCAAUCCAAUACCAGCAAUCAAACAGCUUCGAACAAUCAAUCUUCUAGUAGUAGUUCUAGUAAUCAAUCUAGUUCAGGUAAUCAAUCAGGUUCAACUAGCCAAUCUGGGUCUAAUAAUCAAUCUGGUAGCAACAAUCAAUCAAGUUCAAGUAAUCAGUCUGGUAGCAACAAUCAAUCAACCACAAAUAAUCAAUCUGGUGGUAGCAAUCAAUCAAGUUCAAAUAAUCAAUCUGGUAGCAACAAUCAAUCAAGCUCAAGUAACCAAUCCAGUGGCAAUACGCCCAAUACGGGCACCGAAUGCAAAAAUGACGAAACUUACAUUCCCGAUAAAGAGGAUUGUACCAAAUUUUACCGUUGCCGAGAUAAUGGUAAUGGUGGUUUGGAACAAGUGCCGUUUACAUGUGGACCCGGCACUGUUUGGAAUCAAGAUGAGAAAGUUUGCGAUAUCCCGACAAGCGAGCAAAAAGAGAAAUGUAAGGCGAUGCUAAACAUAGGUGGCACAAACACCACCAGCAGCAGUGGUCAACAAUCACAUAAUCAACAAUCCGGUAGUGGCCAACAGAGCUCCAACAACCAAACUACAUCGGGCAAUCAAACAAUCUCGUCAAGCAAUCAAUCAUCUUCGGCUGGUAAUCAAACGAGCACCACAAACCAAUCAUCUACAAGUAACCAGUCGAGUUCAUCCAACCAAUCCAAUAUUAAUCAGUCAAAUCAGCAGCAGUCAAAUAAUCAACAGCAGCAGCAAACAAACCAAACGAUCACCACUCAAAAACCGCCCAAUCCGGAAGGUGAUUGCAAAGAUACCGAAACAUACUUAGCUGAUAAAUCGGACUGUCGUCGCUUUUAUCGUUGUGUCGAUAACGGCAAUGGAGCGUUUGAUAAGGUUGCUUUCGAUUGCGCGCCCGGUACAGUGUGGGAUCCGGAUAUCUUAGGUUGUAAUCAUCCGACGGAUGUACAAAAGGAGCAAUGUCGUGUUAUGGCUAGUGAUGGUAGUAGUUCAAAUGCGGCAUCAAGUGAACAAUCUUCGAGUUCAAAUCAACAGUCAUCAGGAAGCAAUCAAUCUAGUUCAAAUCAACAAUCAUCAGGUAGUAGUCAGUCCGGCUCCUCAAACUCGACACAGGGAACUUCAAGCAAUGAGCAAUCGAACACAUCAAGUGGUACAAGUUCAAGUCAGCAGUCAUCAUCAAGCAGCACGCAAUCAUCCAGUUCAAGCAGCAGUCAGCAGAAUUCAACAAAUCAAACCUCACAAAGUUCCAGCAGCAAUCAGGGCUCCUCCUCAACUCAGGCUUCCUCGACAACGCAAGGCACAUCGCAAGGUUCCUCAACCAACCAACAGGCCACCACAGCACAAGGAUCAAACAGCUCGCAGUCGACAACUACAAGCCAAGGAUCAACAACAACACAAAAUACUACCUCCACAACUACAAUUCAAUCAAAGCCAUCAGGUAAUUGUGACAAUAAAACAAAAUUUGUGGGCGAUGAAAAGGAUUGCGCGAAAUUUUAUCGAUGUGUCGAUAAUGGUAAGGGCGGUUAUGAUAAAGUAGCGUUUACAUGUGGACCUGGAACUGUUUGGGAUAGCGCAAUCGUCGCUUGUAAUCAUCCGUGGGCGGUGAAGGAUAAAAGCUGCGGCACAGGAAGCUCCAGUCAGCAGUCACCAACAACACAAACGACUCAAGCACCGCAAAUUUCGAGCACCACAGCCACUUCUCAGCAAUCUACAAACCCAUCCACACAAGUACAAAAGCCUACAACUCCACGGCCUACCCAAACUACGAAUCCUCCCAGUAAUACUACACAGUCACCUAUAAGUGCACCACCCACUGUAAGCACUCAAAGACCAAUAUUGACGCCUGGUAUAUGUCGAACGGAAGGCUUUAUUGGCGAUCCCAAAGACUGUACCGUUUUCUAUCGUUGUGUAAGCAACAGUCAGGGUGGCUUUACGCAAUAUCCGUUCAAGUGUGGAGAUGGCACUGUAUGGGAUGACAAAAUACAGACAUGCAAUCACGACUUGAAUAUGUGCAAUCCAAAUACUGGUACGAGUAAACCCACCAUCACUGCUCAAGGCCAGGUUACGACAGCUUCAUCACUUUCCACCACGCCGGUCACAUCUCAGCCCACCACCACUCAAGGGCAGACUUCAACGCAUACUCCAGCUUUUGAAACAACCACACAGUCUAUAUCAACACCAACUACAAGCAGUGGACAGCACACAACUACGGACAUAACUGGAAAACCAACCACAGAAUCAACUCAAACGCCAUCGACUUGGACUACUACAGAGGCUAUUUCGACAACAUCGUCACCUACAAACCCGACCGCUGCCUCAACGGAACCUUCCACAAGCGAUUCAACAACAACAUUACAGCCAACCUCGACCACGCCGGUACCGAAUUUGCCACCAGGACUAACUUGCGAAGGUGAAGGCUAUAUAGCUGAUCCAAUGAAUUGCAGGAAGUUUUAUCGUUGUGUCCGAGAUGGAGAUUCAUACACAAAAUAUGAAUUCAGUUGUGCCAAGGGUACGGGUUGGAGUGAGGAUAAACAAACUUGUGAUUACGCGAGCUCGACAACUACGAUCGUAACGCAAGAACCAACCACAGUUCCAGCGCAAACCACCACAGUCCAAACGUCAACAGCAUGGACUACAACGGAGAAACCUUCGACAACGACUGCCACAUCGACAUGGAGCACAGAAGCUGGGGAUGACUCUACCACAACACCACAACCAACAUCAACCACGCCGGUACCAAAUUUGCCACCAGGAAAAACUUGCGAAGGUGAAGGCUAUAUGGCUGAUCCAAUGAAUUGCAAGAAGUUCUAUCGUUGUGUCCGCGAAGGAGAUUCAUACACAAAAUAUGAAUUCACUUGUGCCAAGGGUACAGGUUGGAGCGAGGAUAAGCAAACCUGUGACUACGCGGCAAAUAUUGAGCGAUGUGAAGGACAAACCGAGGAACCGGAGACCUCGACCAUCACUACGGAAACCACCACCGAAAGUUCUACCACUACGGUAACAGCUGCAAAACCAACCACAGAAGAGAGCUCGACAACUACGAUNGAUGGAGAUUCAUACACAAAAUAUGAAUUCAGUUGUGCCAAGGGUACGGGUUGGAGUGAGGAUAAACAAACUUGUGAUUACGCGGUAAAUAUUGAACGGUGUGAAGGACAAACCGAGGAACCGGAGACCUCAACCAUCACUACGGAAACCACCACCGAAAGCUCUACCACUACGGUAACAGCUGCAAAACCAACCACAGAAGAGAGCUCGACAACUACGAUCGUAACGCAAAAACCAACCACAGUUCCAACGCAAAACCCCACAGUCCAAACGUCAACAGCUUGGAGUACACCGGAGAUACCUUCGACAACGACUGCCACAUCGACAUGGAGCACAGAAGCUGUGAAUGAUUCUACGACUAUAUCAUCACCAACAUCGACCACGCCAGUACCGAAUUUGCCA